AUGUGUGGCAUUUCUGCUAUUCUCGUGCGCAAAUACCCCUCCCCCGCAGUCCAGCCGGCCCUGGGCGACCCGAAAGCCACCACCGCCGCCGUCGAUCUCCACGAAUCCCUCUACUAUCUUCAACAUCGUGGACAAGAUGCCGCCGGAAUCGCUGUUUGCCAGGGUGGACGAGUAUACCAGGCCAAAUCCAAUGGACUAGCUUCCAAGGUCUUCGAUGAGGGCAGGCGCAUUGCCGAGUUGCCCGGUUUCAUGGGCCUACAGUAUUUCACACUUGAGAUAUCCUACCGCCGGAACAUCAUCAGCAUCCGAAGCACAGUGAACUCCCCCUUUGGCUUAUCGAUGUCGAUCAACGGAAACAUCACGAACCCCCAAGAGGUCGCCCGAUUUCUCGACCAAGAGGCUCGCCGCCACGUCAACACCGCCUCCGACUCCGAGCUUGUCCUCAACGUCUUUGCGAAUGCUCUUAACGAACUCGGCAAGGCUCGUGCCAACGUAGACGAUAUCUUCACCGCCCUGCGAGACGUGUACAAGCGAUGCAUCGGUGCUUACAGCUGCGUUGCAAUGGUGGCAGGUUUUGGCCUGCUCGCAUUCAGAGAUUCGAACGGUAUUCGACCUCUUUGCCUCGGAUCAAGACCAUCUGCUACCAUUGAUGGCGCCAAAGACUACUUCCUCGCCUCCGAAUCGAUUGCCUUGACCCAGCUUGGUUUCACCGAUAUCGUCAACAUCAAGCCCGGAGAGGCAGUCUUUAUCCAGAAGGGGGGUGUUCCUCAGUUCAAGCAGAUCGAGAAGAGGGAUUCCUGGUCUCUGGAUAUCUUCGAAAUGGUAUACUUCGCCAGACCAGACUCAGAGCUUGACGGCAUUUCCGUACAUCGCAGCCGUGAAAACAUGGGACGCAAGCUGGCAAAGAAGAUCAAGGACACUCUGAGCAAGGAAGCCUUUGACGAAAUCGACGUCGUGAUUCCGGUCCCGGAGACCAGCAAUACCUCGGCCAGCAUACUGGCCCAAGAGAUGGGCAAGCCAUUCUCAAACGCUUUUGUCAAAAACAGAUACAUUUUCCGCACAUUCAUACCCGGCCAAAAGGCGCGACGAGCAGGGAUUCGCCGCAAGCUGUCCUGCAUCAAAUCCGAAUUCAAAGACCGGGUCGUUCUAUUAACGGACGACAGCAUCGUUCGUGGCAACACAUCUCGUGAAAUUGUCCAAAUGGCAAAAGAAGCAGGUGCCAAGAAGGUACUGUUUGUUUCGUGCUCUCCAGAGAUCAGAUACCCCCACGUGCAUGGUAUCGACCUGGCGGACAGAGACGGUAAGUUGAUCUCCCAAAAGCUCACGUCCCUCACCCUGAACAAUACUAAGAAAUUCUGGUUGAAAGAACUCAUCGCCUACGGCAAAACGGCCGACGAAGUGGCCACCGCGAUUGGCGCAAGCGAAGUCGUCUACCAAUCUCUCGACGACCUCAAGGACGCGUGCAGAGAGGCCAUCCAGGACGGCUACGAGAAGAUCGACUUCGAGACGGGAGUAUUUUCAGGCCAGUACACGACCCCCGUGCCGGAAGAGUACUUUGAGCACCUGGAGCGCCUGCGGUCCAACAAGAAGAGAAAAGCGGCGGCCAUCACGGAAUCUGAGGGUGGUGCGCAGACCGUCUUGGUCGCGAGCGGCGGACCUGUGAAUGUCAGCUCUCGCAACCACUUACCGGACGAGGAUGUCAAGGGCCCAGAGAACCGGGAGGACGUGAGCAUUUACAACUUUGCGGGAAAGGUAUAG